AUGCCACCAAGGGUAGGAUUGUUGACAUGCCUUAAGUCUCUAAAUUGCUUUGUUAUUGGCAAGAGAAAAGGUUAUCAACUUGGUGAACUUAAAAACCUAAAUCUCUAUGGCUCAAUUUCAAUCACAAAACUUGACAGAGUGAAGAAAGAUAGGGAUGCAAAAGAAGCUAAUUUAUCUGCUAAAGCAAAUCUGCACUCUUUAAGACUGAGUUGGGAUUUUGAUGGAACACAUAGAUAUGAAUCAGAAGUUCUUGAAGCCCUCAAAUCACACCCCAAUCUGAAAUAUUUAGAAAUCAUUGGCUUCGGAGGAAUCCGUCUCCCAGACUGGAUGAAUCAAUCAGUUUUGAAAAAAGUUGUCUCUAUUACAAUUAGAGGUUGUGAAAAUUGCUCGUCCUUAUUACCCUUUGGUGAGCUGCCUUGUCUAGAAAGUCUAGAGUUAUAUACGGGGUCUGCGGAGGUGGAGUAUGUUGAAGAGGAUGCUCAUCCUGGAAGGUUACCAUCCUUGAGGAAACUUGUUAUAUGA